CCGUUGGCCGUUCCCCGCUGCUGCCGGGGCCACCCGCGUGUAGUUAGCGCUUCUGCCCGUCACCUCUUGGCCUUUUUACCUGCCCUUGCGUGGUCUCCCAGGAGUCGCCCUCUGUGUGCACUUGCAGGUGUCGGAAAGUCGUCGCUCGUUCACCUCUUAUGCCAAAACCAGGUAUUGGGAAACCCGUCCUGGACAGUGGGCUGCUCGGUGGAUGUUCGAAUCCAUGACUACAAAGAAGGGACGCCAGAGGAGAAGACCUACUACAUUGAGCUGUGGGAUGUUGGAGGUUCAGUGGGUAGUGCCACUAGUGUGAAAAGCACACGAGCAGUAUUUUAUAACUUGCUGAACGGGAUAAUUUUAGUGCAUGACUUAACCAACAAGAAAUCAUCCCAGAAUUUGUAUCGCUGGUCUUUGGAAGCACUCAACAGAGAUGUCGCGCCAACAGGAGUUCUUGUGACAAAUGGUGACUAUGACCGUGAACAGUUUGCUGAUAACCAGAUUCCACUUCUGGUAAUAGGAACAAAGCUGGAUCAGAUCCCAGAAACUAAGCGAAAUGAAGUUUUGACCAGAACAGCUUUCUUGGCUGAGGAUUUCAAUGCUGAAGAGAUAAAUUUGGAUUGCACCAAUCCUCGUUACCUGGCUGCAGGUUCAUCCAAUGCUGUCAAGCUAAGCAGGUUUUUUGAUAAGGUCAUAGAGAAGAGAUACUUCUUAAGAGAUGGCAAUCAGAUUCCUGGCUUCUCUGAAAGGAAGAGGUUUGGAGGAGGAACGCUGAAGAGCCUUCAUUAUGAUUGAAGACCGAAGAAGCGGAAGAUGACUCCUCCGAGAUGCUAAUGACAUUCCCAUUCCGACUGGAUCCUUAAAGACAAUAAUGCUUAUGUCAAGCAGAGUAAAAUGAUACCAUGCUGUGGCCGGGUAGACUGCUGAAGCUACUUUUGCUGGAAAAGACUUGGGGAAGAAAUUCCAAAAAUCUAAUCUGAAGCCCAGAGUGUUUCUUAGUAUUGCAGGCUCUCUGCAUAUAUGGGAACAUUUGGGGAAAAUGUGCAAUAAAUUGAAUGCCUCUCACACUGCUGUGGGAAACUUUAUCAUACGUAGCACAUAUAUGUGACAUCUUUGUUAUCAUUUUGGAAAGCUUACGGAUGGUCUUUGCAAUUAUUUACAUUCAUCUUACCUGUAAAAGAAAGAUGACACUGAGUGGGCUUCUCAUUUACAGUAAAGUGAACAAAACAAGUGAGCAAAGUGUAAGGAUGGGUAAAGAAUGGUCUGGAAAAUAAUAGAAUGCCUUCAUUAAAUGAAUGGUGAUGCUUCACCUGGAACACACUGUUCAGCCAUAUUCAAAAGGGAUAAAAGAAAUAGGCAAGAGAUGAAAAAAGAUGUGAAGCCUUAAAAAGAAAAUCAUGAGUAGAAAACAAGUGGUAUUACUUCUGCUGCUUAAAUUAAAAUUGUUUACUUUGGAGAGAACAAAGUGAAUCAGGUAAUCCUGUUUAUCUUUUCAUAAUUGAGUGUGGUCUUGUUCUUAAUAUUAAAUUUAAAGGUGAUGCAUUGAAAGCUGAUGGAAAAAGUAUGGUUUUAUACAGUGCUUAUUUGGAACAAAUGUGACUGAGAGCUUAGUGGAUUCAGAAAACAUGAAAUGUAAGAACAUCCUCUGAAUUAGAAUGGAUAGAAAUUUAAAAAGGAUAUAAAGCCCUGUAAGAAGUAGGAACUGAGCAUGAUUAGAAGAAAAGUUCUGUGAUAGGGAUGUUCCCUUUUCGUAUUUAGUACUAAGAUCUGAUCUACUGUGCAAUCUGUUGUCUUCCUAAAUAGCCCAAGCUUUGCACAGUUUCUCACCUCCCCAUAAUUAUAUGGAGCAGUAAAAGCCUGAUUUAUGGCAGUUUCUUCUUUUCCCCUCCUUCCUCACCGUUACCUCUAAUGGUUAAGCCUCUGGCAAAGGCAAACUAAGAGCUGGAGUUAGAUAUAAAUACAAAUUAAUAAUAAAUGGGGUUAGAAGAAAGUAAAAUGCUGGUGUGAAAUUGACAGCAAGCAGAGUUCUGCAGUCUCCAGAUUACAUCUGCCUGCAGCUCUUCUCUAACAGCUGCUUGGAAAUAAAUGGAAAACUGCCUAUUGCUGCUAAUCAGGCACAAAAAUGACAGCUAGGUUGCACCAGUCAAGCUGAUUAAAAAUAUGGUUACUUUGCUUUUCCUUAGGCCAUUUCCAGAAAGGUCUUGGAGCAUUUGCAAACAUGAGUGCAGGGAGUUUUUAGAUGCCUGUAUGAAAUAGGUUAUUAGUUUACAUUUACUUUAAGACCAGGGAAAAUAAGGUACCGAAAUAUUCAUGGCAGGUAACCCAUGUCUGAGCUAGGCAGCUCAUGAUGGCACCAAUGUCUCUGCUCCUUUGGCAAUGAAGGCUGGAGUUAUUUUCAUGAGGUCAGGUGCUGUCUUAGGGUAAUCAAAUCCGGGCUCCCUCCAGUUACCAAGGCACUGCAGAGCAGAACAAGCAAGCUAGGGCUAUUUCUUCCUUCGCCCUAUGGCUUCCUUAGGAGAAUUGGAAGUGUUGUAGCGUAAGGGAGGCCGUUCAGUUUAAGAUGCCUCAUCAAGCAGUGGUGGUACGGGUCUCUGAUUUGGAGGAAGCAACUAUCCUAAGCAGCCCCCUUCAAUUAAUCAAAAAAGGAAGAUUGCUCAGCGUGCAAUGCUGAGGGUGACCUAAGCCCUAGUUGCAGCUUACCUGUGUUUGUGCAUUUCACUCCUGAGGCUCCACAAAGAAGAAACAUCUUCAUGUGAGAAAUCUUGUGAAGGUCAGCCCACGCUCUGGGAAGGGGAGGGAAUGCAUAGUUCCUAUGCAUCAGUGGGGCUGAAGGUGAUGGCAGUCAGGAUUUAGGAGCAAAUUAGAAGAAGAUAAUGUUGUGAUAGGAACGGGACAAGAUACAGGGAAUAGCACUGAGGAAAAGUAGAGCACAUGGGCAAGCAGUAGAAGGCUAGGAGAUUGAGAAAGAAGUUUGCUUGAGGCUGGGGCUCCUGCUCUGGGCUCAGCGAAGUCUGUCUGGACUCAGCCUUCCAGCUGCAAGCCAUAAAACCCCUCCCAGGACAUCUCCGUCCGCUCUUGAACUGACCUGCUGUGUGG